UUGUCAUUACACAAUAUUUGCUACUUUAAUAUUUGUAAUUCAAGGAUGAAUUACGAUUAUAUAAACACUUAUAUGUCUCAGAAGGGAAGUUUGGACUUUUCAAACUAUUCUAGAAAUGCUAGAAUCAAAGAUUGUAUAAAAGGCCAUAACUACUUGAAAACCGGAACCACUAUAUGCGGUGUUAUGGCAAAGGAUGCCGUCGUCUUAGCCGCGGAUACGAGAGCUACUCAAGGGAUUAUCGUUGCAGACAAAAACUGCUCAAAACUACAUAAGAUAGCUGAUAAUAUCUACUGUGCUGGCGCAGGAGUUGCUGCUGAUCUUGAACAUACAACAUUGUGGUUGGCUAACAAUAUUGAACUUCGUAGAUUAAAUACAAAAAAGCAGCCCAGAGUUCAAAUGUGUUUAUCCAUGUUGGUUCAUGAGCUGUUUAAAUAUCAGGGGUAUAAACAAUGUGCUUUAAUUAUAGGUGGAGUCGAUUACACAGGGCCACACCUAUUUUCGGUCUCCCCUCAUGGGUCAUCGGACUCCCUUCCAUUCUGUACUAUGGGAUCAGGUUCACUUAAUGCCAUGAGUGUUUUGGAAGAAGGUUAUUUUGAUGGAAUGAGCGUCGAGGAGGCGACUAACUUGGUUGUGAAGGCUAUCAGUGCCGGAAUCACCAACGAUUUGGGUUCAGGUGGAAACGUGGAUGUUGUGGUUUUGGACAAGGAAGGAUCUAAUCACUUUAGAACGUAUAAGAGAGUGUGCCAGAGGACCUACGCACCUACCGAAGACAAACUGCCACUAGGAACCACCGCAUACCUCAGAGAACACAUAGAACAUAUUAAAAAGCACGUAGUAGUGGAUCAGAUUGAUUUAGACUAA